CUCAGUCAGUGAGUGACAGCACCUCCUGCUCCUGCCCCAUGGAAACCAUGGUGUCAGGACGGAUGCCUAGGGCUGGACUCCUGCUGCUGCCCUUUCUCCUCUGCUUCGGGCCAGAGACUGUCGGGAGCAUCAACCCUGCCGCGCUCAGAGAGAUUGGGAAUCAUGUGAACAAGGAUGGGUUGGCUGUUGAAUACGCCUUCGCCGUCAGCCUGCAGAAAGCCAGUUGUGAGAACCCAUCUGGUCUGGAACAGGUGCUGCCCAGGAACAAGCUGCAGGACAUGCAGGCGGCCAUUAACCCAGAGGGUGUCCUGUACGACCCAGAUGAAGGGCCCAUUGUGGCUGCCCGGAUGAAGCGCCUGGGCAGGGCAGGGGAACAUGCCGAGUGGCGCCUGCUCCAGGGAGACUGGAACAGCCCUGUGCAGAAGCUCCUGGCCCGGACCUACAACGAGAGAAGCUGCCUGAUCUUCUUCACCAUCCGCUUGCCCUGCACGGGGACGUGCCUGCUGGUGAAGAGGUCCCACAACAUCCUACGGAUGGUGAGCGACACCUUCCACCUCAUCGACCACAACUACAAGGCCUUCAUCUUCCGGCAGAUCUACCGUCAGGACCGGGACCUGGAUUCCCAAAGCCUGUUGGAGGCCUGGCACCGGCUGCCCGAUGUGCCCCUGCUACGUUGUGACACCAACGGCUGCAAGGACUGCAGAGGGAACGAUCCCAAAACCGACCCCAACGCCUGCCUGGACGAGAUUCGAGCCAUGAGGCAGCCACUGCACCCACCUGGCAGGGGGCAGGAGGGAGAGCUGGGCGGAGAGGGGAGAGCAGAGGAUGUAGGGGAGAGCAGGGGGCCCCUUUGGAGUGUUGGAGAGAUGAUGAGCUUCCUUGGAGGCGUGGUGGAUGGGGCCGUGGGAGGCGUGGUGGAUGGGGCCGUGGGAGAAGGGGUGGAUGGGGCCGUGGGAGGCGUGGGGGACGGUGGGGAGGAGGGCGCCGUGGAGGACGGCGGGGCGGCGGACGCCGUGGGGGACGGCGAGGUGGACGUGGGGGACGGCGGGGUGGACGUGGAGGGCGGCGAGGCUGAGGAUACCACUGGACAGUUGCGGGGGACGGCGGGCCAGGGGGCACCAGCCGAGGAUGGCAGGGCACAGGGCACCAUCAGAAGAUUUGGGGGAUUGAGGGAUGCAGGGGGGACCUGCAGCUCCCCGGACUGA